GAGGGGUUUGCCUUUCGCUGGUGAAGUUAGCAGCAGCCAGGAGAGCGAAAGGGGAGGGGAGAAGAGGGCAGGGGAGGGGUUACGAGCCCAGUCCCGCGGAACAUCCUGCGACCACAUCUGAGAGAGUCGGAACGAAGCUCGGCACGGUCCCCUCACCGCCACCUCCUCUUUCUGCGCGCCGAUCGUCGCUUUCGUGCCCAGUCGUUUAAACCCCGGAGCACGCGCGGGCCGAUUGUCCUGGUGACCCGCUCUGCGAGUCGCGGGCUCUCCUGGACUUAUGUUUUUAUCUCUGGACGCGCGGUGGUGGGACAUCCGGAAUGGGGAAUCCGUAGGAGAAGACUACGCUGGCUGGUUUUACUGUUUGCGAUAAAAAACAAGAGAACGCAGGCGCGUAGACGCGCUGGCCCGCAUAACCUACGCACGAGAUGGACUUCAAGAAGACAAAAUUUGGCAAGUUCAUGAACUGCAGGGUGCCAGCCAGCAAGAGAUACCAGCCCACUGAAUAUGAACACGUUGCAAACUGUGCCACACAUGGGUUGUGGAUUCUUCCCAGUAUGGUCGGUGGGUCCGUCCUCUACUUUCUGUCCGUGGACCGAUGGCAUCGUGUCGCUGCCUGGCUCUAUGGGAGCGGCCUCACCGGCUUAUUCAUCACCUCAACUCUUUUCCAUACUGCUGCCUGGAAAAUCAGCCACCUCAGGUGGAGCGCACAGGUGUGUGUGAACUGGCCGUGGGAGGUGUCUUCUAUGGAGUAGGCGUGGUCUUCUUUAAGAGCGAUGGCCUCGUGCCAUUCGCCCAUGCGAUCUGGCAUCUGUUUGUGGCGGUUGGAGCAGGCAUUCAUUACUACGCCAUCUGGAGGUACCUGUAUUUACCGGGGACACAGCUGCAGACGUCGAGGUGACCGGCUGCCGACUGACGUUAUGCGUUUCCAUGCUGACAGGCUGAAUGACAAAAGUGCAUUUCAUGUAGUCAGGUUAGUGUUUUGACUACGGUAAGCUUCACUUACGAAGCUGUGACACCUGGAACCAAUUUUUGUACUGUGUGCUGACUAUAUAACAUCUAGCCUGACUACACCAAAUUGACGCUAAUUUAUAAUGUAUAAUUCUGCUGUUUUAGACAUAAUUAGCGACACUGACACUGGUUUGUGUGCCAUGUUGACUGUCUGUAGUGUUUCAGACGAGAUCCAAGUGCCAGGCCUGCAUUAUAAAAUCUUCAUUCCUGCUUAUCUCUGUCGGUUAAAGGAAAAGUUUCACAUUUUGGGAAAUGUGUUUAUUUUCUUGCAGAGGUAGAUGAGAAGAUUGAUAACAAUCUAUAAUGUUUGUGGUAACCGCGAUACUGUACACAGACAUGGUCAGAUCUACAGAUUCUACAUCGCGCCAUCACAGAGACAUUUGAUCACGUCAACGAUCUGACCCUUCAAAGAGCCCUGAUCCCAGACAGACAUCAAGGAAUCAGUUUGGGAUCACAUGAACAGAAGCAACAGCUUCAGGUUAUAUUUCACCAUGUUUCAAACAUCCUCAGUGACAGGCAUCCUGAAAAACACUGUUCAAGUGCAAUGAAGGAGAACGGGUGCAAAUUCAGACCUGAAAAUAAUGCUCAGUGUUUUGUUACGGCUUGCUGUUGAGCGUUGAGGUUGGACAGUGGUGUGCACUGGUGCAUCACAGCCUGCUUUUGCCUGGUGGGUGUUGGAGGUGUUGCCCCAUUACUUGUACACCCUGCCGAAUUAUUUAAAGCAUUUCAUUCCUACUGUAAAAAAUAGAGAUCAUCUUUUGAUGGGCUCUUACCGGCAAAUCAGCAAACACUCAGGAAUUAGGACUUCAUUGCUACACGAGCACUCACAGUACACUUAACUCUGAACCCCUGCACACCACUCAGGUUUCUUGACUGUAUCAUUGCUGCUGAUGCUGUCGCACUGACAGACAUUUACUUCCUAAACUACACUGUUAAAAAAAAAAAAAAGGAACACUUUUUAAUCAGAUUAUAGCAUCAAGUCAAUUAAACCUCUGGGGUAUUGAUCUGGUCUCUAGCAGAAGGCGUUUUCAGUCAGUUUCAGCUGCUUUGGUGUUGAUGAAAAAAACAACAGGUGCAUUAGAGGGGCAACAAUGAGAGACAGUCAUGCUGGAUAUCUAUGCUGAUAUGAACUCGGUAAUGUGUUAACCCAUCAGCUGGAUCGGUAUCUGCUUCUUUGUGUAAGGAGGAACAUAAUGAGCACUGCCAGAGCCACAAAAUGACCCCCAGGAGGCCACCAAACAAUUAGAAACAGACUUCAUGAGGGUGGCCUGAUGGGCUGAUGUCCUCUAGUGGGCCCUGCGCUCACUGCCCGGAAACAUAGAGCCUGAUUAGUAUUUGCCAUAGAAUACCAGAAUUGUCAGGUCCACCACUGACACCCCGUGCCUUUCUCAGAUGAGCACAGGUUCACCCAUGUGACAGAGAUGAAAAGGCCUGAAACAGCAGAGGAAAACAUUAUACUCCCAGUUCAGCAUGACCGGUUUGGUGGUAGAGCAGAGAAAGUCUGGGGAGGGAUUUCCAUGGAGGGACACACAGACCUCUACAGGCAACGUUGGUGUUGGGAUGAAACCUUUGGAUCUCACAGACCCUAGGAUGGUGCAGUGGGUACUGGCUUCCUCCUGCUGCAUGACAAUGCCUGCAGGCAUUUCCUGGAAGAAGAAAGAAUUGAUACUACUGACUGGUCCCAAUGCUCACCUGACCUAAAUCCAACAGAACACCUCUGGGACAUCGUUUUUCAGUCCAUCCGACGCCAUCAGGCUGCACCUCAGACUGU